AUGGCUUAUCCUUACUACUCUCCACCACCACCUUCACCCCCACUUCCAUGUAACCCUGUGGCCUCACCGCCACACCACCACCAUGUCUAUCCUCAACCUCCACCACCCCACCACCAUCAUCACCAUCCAACACCAUCACCACCGCACCAUCACUACCCCACACCAUCACCACCUCCACCGGACCACCACCAUCACUACCCCACACCAUCACCACCACCACCACCACCGGACCACCCCCAUCACUAUCCCACACCAUCACCACCGCCACCAGACCACCACCAUCACUAUCCCACACCAUCACCACCGCCACCGGACCACCACCAUCACUAUCCGACAUUGCCGCCGCCACCACCACCAACUCCAUCAAGUGGAGAUGUUCCACCUCAUUAUCCCAUUUAUCCACCAACAUCACCACCAAAAACACCCUCCCAUGCACCACCACCCCAACCUUAUGGUGGUGAAGCACCACUGUCCCCACCUGUUGCAACACCCCCAGCCAAUGAGGCAUCGCCACCUCAACAACACAUAUACCCUCCUUCCCCUUCUCAAGGCCAUGUUCCAGUUCCACCACCACACCCAAUUCCAUAUGCUCCCUCACCACAUGCAGUCCAACCCCCACAUACUGUUCCAGCCCCAGUACCUCCACCUUCCUAUCAGGCUUCGCCACCUAAUUAUCAUCCUCCAAACCAACCACAAUCUCCUACUCCCGGUGAGGCACAGCCACCUAAAUCCCCAUAUCCACCAACACCAUCAAAAGGACCGGUUCAGCCGCCAAACACCGGUCUGCCUCCGGUUCCUACUGCACAGCCACCGAAAUCUUCAUAUCCACCAACACCAUCCAAAGGUCCGGUUCAACCGCCAAGCUCCGGUCUGCCUCCGGUUCCUACUGCACAGCCACCAAAAUCCGCAUUCCCACCAACACCAUCCAAAGGUCCGGUUCAACCGCCAAGCUCCGGUCUGCCUCCGGUUCCUACUGCACAGCCACCAAAAUCCGCAUUCCCACCAACACCAUCCAAAGGUCCGGUUCAACCGCCAAACACCGGUCUGCCUCCGGCUCCUACUUCCGGCGAGGUACCGCCACCUAAAUCCGCAUAUCCACCAUCACCAUCCAAAGGACCGGUUCAACCGCCAAGAAAACCGCCAACACCGUCCUCACUACCUCCAUAUUAUUCCUUACCUCCAUCACCAGAUAACGGUUUCGUUCCUCCUGGUUAUGGGCCUUACGGCCCACCAACUUACGGAACUCCUCCAACUUUACCAUCCGCCCCAUCGCCGUUGUCCGACAUUGGGGUGCCGCCUUCGGGAGGAAACAACAACACCACCAUUAUCGCCGUCUGUGUCUCUCUUGGUGGUGCUUUCUUCCUAGCAUUCCUCUUAGUGGGCCUGUUCUGUUUGGCUAAGAGGAGAAAGAAACUGCUGCUUGUUCCUGCCGCCGCCGCUUGCGUGGAAGAAGAAGAAUCAUCUCAUGGACAUGGAGUGGUAGCCACAGGUGGUUCUUAUGGAGGCGAAAAUGUGACGGUGGCAGUCGAGAGUGCUGAAAUACAAUCUUAUGGAGCUGUCGGUGCUGGUGGUGCUGGUUCUUCUCAUGGCGGCGGCGCCGCCGCCGCCAUUGGAGGUCCUCCUCCAUGCGAGCCUGAGAUUAUUGAAGGUUCCAGCCAUGGUCCGAGCUAUCAGUGCAGUUACUGA